UUAAUUACUAAGCUAUAGGAAUAAUGUCCUUUCAUUCUCUACUAGCUUUCUCUUCUUUAGCCAUAAUCUCUUCUUUAUUCUUUCCCAUUCUUGUUCAUUCAGAUUGUGGAAGAAAUCCAGUUAUCUUCAACUUUGGCGAUUCCAAUUCCGAUACCGGUGGCUUUGCUGCUGCUCAUGGCCUAUCCUUUGGGUUCCCUCUAGGCCGUAAUUUCUUCAAUGGUUUCACCUAUAGAUUAUGCGAUGGACGUCUUCUUAUUGAUUUCCUUUGUGAAAGCCUAAAGACACCUUAUUUGGCACCAUAUCUAGAAACAGUAAGGGACAAUAAUGUAACAAAUGGUGCCAAUUUUGCAAUAAGUGGUUCAGCCACUCUUCCAAGUUAUAACCUUUUCAACUUGGCUGUUCAAGCUUCUCAAUUUAUUCGGUUCCAAAAUCGCUCCAUUGUUUCCAACACUCGAGGCAUUCCAUAUUCGCUAUCAGUCGAUGACUUCAAUAAUGCACUUUAUACAUUCGACAUUGGACAGAAUGAUUUGGCUGGCUCGUUCAGUUAUCUUUCGUAUGCACAAGUUAUUCAAAAGAUCCCGUCUUUCAUAACUGAGAUAAAAAAUACUUUAUGGCUUAUAUAUUCACAUGGUGGAAGGAAUUUCUGGAUUCACAAUACUGGCCCAUUGGGCUGUUUACCCGACCAGCUUGUAUCGAACCUGUCGAAUUCUAGCGAUUAUGAUAAGUUUGGUUGCUUAUCGUCGCGUAAUGAAGCAGCGAAUAUUUUCAAUAAUCAAUUAAGUGCGCUAUGUGGACAGCUUAGAUCGCAAAUGAGAGACGCCAGAAUCGUGUAUGUUGAUAUGUACGCUAUUAAGUAUGACCUUAUUGCAAAUUCCUCUACAUACGGUAUCGAGAAACCACUUAUGGCAUGUUGCGGAAAUGGUGGCCCUCCUUAUAACUUUAAUCCAAACGUGCGAUGUGGCUCUUCUUCGGGUUAUGAUGUUUGUGAAAUGGGGUCGAAGUUUGUGAGCUGGGAUGGAACACACUACACCGAAUUCGCGAAUUCUAUAGUUGCAAUGAAAGUAUUGUCGGGAAAUUACUCUACACCUAAUUUAAAGUUUGAUUUCUUUUAUAACUAGGAAAAUGAAUGUUUAAUGUUGGAUUUCUUUAUGUAAAUCCAAUAGUACUCUAUAUAUUAUAUAUGAUAAAAUAAUAAAAUACUUAAAAUUACUAAGAUCUCAUUUUGGUCUAUUAUAUUUUAAAUAGAUA